AUGUGGUUCAGUUACCUACUUGUGUACCUUCAUUUUGUUAUCGGAUUUAACAAUGUCCUUGCUGGGAACUUGAUGUUGAUUGGACAAGUCAGUGAUGCAGUUUUUACACCAUUUAUCGGAUUCGAGUCAGAUAGAACAAAUGGAUUUUGCGGAUAUGGGAAAAGAAAAAGUUGGCAUUUGCUUGGUACAAUUUGUUGUAUCUGCAGCUUCCCAUUCCUCUUCAAUGCGUGUAUUUCGUGUGAACAUUCCGCCAAGUGGGCCCAGUUUAUUUAUUACUCCCCCUUUGUUGUCAUUUUCCAAUUUGGAUGGGCAUCAACACAAAUAUCCCAUCUCUCUCUCAUACCAGAUCUGACCUCUAACUCACAGGAGAGAGUUGAACUAAAUGCAAUAAGGUAUGCAUUCACUGUGAUCUCAAACCUGUUGGUUUAUCUCAUCACAUGGUUGAUGUUGGGCAUCCACCAAACAGACAAUGCUAAUGAUGUUGUGGACGUAAAGGGCACCUUGUCCAGCCAAGACACAUCAAAAUUCAGAGAUAUCACAUUUGUUGUGGUAGGACUGGGUGCAGUAUUUAGCAUUAUCUUUCAUAUUGGGGUUAAGGAACACAAUCAUGAGGGAUCUGAAGAAGAUAAGGAGCCUCAUACGCCUCGGAGCUCAUAUUCUGCCUUUGAGGAUACUGAUGAGGAGAAAAUACCUUUCAUUAAUGGACAGCUAAAAGUCAGAAAGUGUUUAACAGUUACAGAUUGGCUCAAACAGCGACAAUUAUACCAGAUCGGUCUUCUCUACAUGUUUACAAGACUGGUAGUGAAUAUAUCCCAAAUCUACUUGCCUAUGUACCUUACAUACACGCUAAGCUUGAAGAAACAUUACAUCGCCAUUGUACCACUGAUUGUAUAUAUCAGCGGGUUUAUCUCUUCGUUCCUCAUGAAGCCUGUUAAUUACGUAGUCGGGUCGAAGGGUGCCUAUAUGCUGGGGGUUAUCUGUACGGUAGGGGGCUGUGUGGGAUUCUCAUUCCUUCAGAAACAGGUUAAUCUGAUAGUGUUCGCCCCUGCUGCAUUUCUGGGGGCCGGAGGAUCAAUAAUCCUUGUCACAUCUCUCUCCAUGACGGCUGAUCUUAUCGGGGAGAACACUGGAAGUGGGGCUUUCGUAUAUGGAACUAUGAGUUUCACAGAUAAACUGUCAAAUGGAGUAGCGGUGCUACUAAUACAGAAGAUGCACCCAUGUGGGGACCUUGUGGCAUGCUGUACUGCUUGUGAGUGGUACUAUAAGAAUAUACUAUGCUUGGUGCCUGGAGGUUGCGCUGUUUUGGCAUUAAUAGUAUUAAUUACAUUGCUGCCAUUUACCAUUGGAAAACUAAAUGUAAAAGAAAAUUGCCUUGACUGGUGCUGCAUUUUUCCUGCGAAGAUUAGAUCAAGAUGUUCCAACUCGAUAUUUCAUCGGCAAAUAAGUGAAUGAACUGCGAGGAGAGUGGCCGAUAUUCUAGUGAUAUCGACGACAACAAUUGAAAUGUCGUUGUAGUGUUGGAUUGUUCAAAUUAUAUCGUGUUUGCUGUAAUUCUUGCUAUAUAAUGUUGCCAGUUGUGAAAUGUACUUGCUAACUGUUUUCUGGGCUGUAUCUAUUUCAGUACUAAAUCAAGAUUGUGCAUGGUUACGUUUUCCAGGAAAACCACUCAUCCAUUCAACUUGAAAUAUUUACAGAUGCAAGAGCAGACAAGUGCCAAAAUAUAAUAAUUAUGUUUUGGGUAUGCUGGCUUAUUAUAUGGUGGCCAUUUUGAAUUCUUAAUAAAUCUGCCAUUUUG